AAGGUGCUCUUCCGCGAUCUUCCAACCUUGGCGCCACAAAAAUUGGGCCAAAUUUUCGCCAGAUGAAGAAGGAGAUCAAGAGCAGGUAGUUAUCUACGAAAGCCGACCAUUGCUACCAUUUUACAUACCUAUAAGAUGUCAGAUACCAUGCCGAUUCGACGGACACCCAAUAAAGGCAGCAGCCCCCCUCCCACCAAUUCUUCCCCCAUGAAGAAAAAUGGACAUCAUCAACUGAAUGGCUCCUCCCCCUCCCCGUUUCACGAUGGCAAGCCGAAGCCAAAGCGAUCCUGUUUGGAUACAGGUCGACUGUGUCUGUUACGGAAUCGAGGGAAACGUUGUUGGUGUGGGCUUAUGAUAUUGGUGACGUUAGUGGCUGGAUCGACCUUUGCCAUAAUGGCCAAAAUGGAAGAUCCCACCGAGUUUUUGCUAGACAAUAACACACGUCAACAACGGCUGAGAAUGGCCAUUGAGGAACUCCGUAAGGGCGGUGAAGAACUGCUAGACAAUAACACACUACAACAGCAGCUGAGAAUGGCCUUUGAGGAACUCCGGAUGGGCAGUGCAGAUCGAGUUUUAUACAACGAUGUGUCGCUGUCAUCCAAGACAUGGAAUAUACUCACGGGGAAUUCCCUCUUUCGACAAGCCGAGUAUCAAGCCAAGCCACGCAUGAUGGGAUUUCUGCUGGUGAAUUCUACCCGUGAGAGUUUAGCCGCCAAUUACAAUGUCAAUCGACGACGAAGUUCGGCUCUUGCCAAAUUGAAGAAAAAGCACACCAGUACUACUCGUCCAAAGUAUGUCCCAGAACAGUUUCAAGUCGCACGCAUCAAUCCGCACAAUCAUCGCGUAGUCGAGGUCGUUUCGGACCCAUCCAAACCAGCAUUGAAAACGAAAGUUCGAAAACCCUCUUGGUCCUUCCAAAAUAUCCUCGUCCGGGAAUUGGGAAAUGGCGUGGCGGAACAAAAAGAAAUUGCCCACAAUUCCAAAGACUACGAUAGGUACAAACCUGAUGAUACCGAGGAAGGCUGCGUCCCACAGUACGAUUGGCAAACCUUAUCCUUUCCCAAUUGCAAUUCACUACACGAAACUGAUAUCUUGACUCGCAUGAGAACCCUCAAUCAGGCCAAAAAACCCGAAUCGAAGCUCUUGGCUAGCGGUGGAUAUCGCGAUGUCUGGUUGGUCGAAAACAACGAUUUGCCACCCGACGUAUCGAGAGAACCCAUUGCCAUGAAAACAUUGCUCUAUGAGCAUCCCUGGUCGGAACGAAAUCAAGAUCGACAUCGACGAGAUGCACUCGCCACGGAUCGAUUGACGGGAUCGCCGUAUGCGCUCAAUCUGUACGGGUAUUGUGCCAAUACGGGAUUGUACGAAUUUGCCGCAGGGGGAUCCUUGGAGGAUGUCGUGGAUGACGAAGACGAGUGGAAGAAAUGGACACCCGUCAUCAAAAUGGUGUAUGCCUAUCAAGUGGCCAAUGCCAUUGCCGAUGUCCACAAUAUUGAUCGAGAGGGACAUCCCAGCAUGUCGCAUACCGAUAUCAGUAUGAGUCAGUUCGUAUCAACGGAUGAUGGAGAGACCUAUCAGAUUAAUGAUUUCAAUCGAGCGCGAUUCUUGUACCGGGCCAAGGAUGAUCCCAACGAGUUGUGUCCAUUUCAUGUCAGUAGUAACAAGGGCAAAUUCCGAAGUCCGGAAGAGUAUGCCUAUGAACCCGAAACUGCUGCCAUUGAUAAUUACAGCAUGGGGAAUAUCUUCUAUGUAAUCCUGACGGGGCAAUAUCCUUUUGAGGACAUGAAAAAGAAGGAUGCAAUGGAAGCGGUGAAAGAGGGCAAAAGACAGGAAAUUCCAGAAGAAUACAUGAAUAGUAAGAAUCCCAUGGUCAAGGCACUGGUGAAGGCCAUUCUCAAAUGCUGGGACCAAGAUCCCUCCAAGAGGGCCACUUCGAGACAAAUUCAACAAUUACUGAAACCCUUGGCUGAAAAAGCAAUACAAAACCAACAAGAAAAGCUGAAAGCUGAAAGAAAUCAACAACAGGAAGAUACUGAUGGGGAUGAGGAGAAACGAUAGGGUCACUGGAGCUUGCCCCUCAGCCCGUUUCUCGUCGGCUUAUUCAUAACCAGCACUGAGGGUAAACAAUGACAACUCGCUAUGCCUGUGGAGGAGAGUCGGUCAAUCUCGUGGGUGCGGUAGAUCCCCGCAAAUGUUAUCGGAGAGGCAUAGCUGUUGCUUUGGAAGCCCUGAUUCUUCAGUUAUUGCAGGCGAAGUAUUAUUAUUCAGCAAUCAUUAUAAUAAGCGCACACACCAAACGAAUAGUGGCUUCCCGUGGACGGGACCGUACCGGUGCCGUUGCAGUGGUGGCGAGAGGCAGUUCGAGAUACAUAGGCAAGCAAUUGUAAAAGUUGUGCCCACCAGCAACGGUAGCGCUGGUUACAACCGAUUUCGCUAGCUCGUUGGAGAAGCAAGGAAAAGCAACAACAGGCAAUUGUCAUGGAUCUGUUUGCUGUAGUUCUGGCUGGCUGAGAACACUGGUGACUACAUUCGCAUGGACGAAACCACUUGAAUGGGAAGGGAGCUGGUUGAGCCAGACACUUCGGCACUUCAACACUCGCGACAUUGAAGCCUUCUCUGACCACAACCGGUCUCAUGCGAAAUCAAAUGCACCAACGCAAAGCGGCGAAACAUAAAUCUUGCCAGAGACGCACUCCUCGACUCUUUGACUCGACUCGACUCCAUGGUUCUUCCGCACGUACCCGGAGAAUCUGAACUGUC